GUCCCGCUUAGGACUUCCUGCGUCUGCGCGAAGAUGGAGGAGGAGAGUGUCCGCGUGGUUCGUUGCGGCGGCAGCGAGCUGAACUUCAGGAGACCGGUGUUCUCUGCGGAUUCUAAGUAUAUCUUCUGUGUCUCUGGAGACUUUGUUAAAGUUUAUAGUACAGCUACUGAAGAGUGUGUGCACAUAUUACAUGGACACAGAAAUCUGGUGACUGGAAUCCAGCUCAAUCCCAACAACCACCUACAGCUGUAUUCGUGUUCUCUUGAUGGCACAAUUAAACUAUGGGACUACAUAGAUGGCAUUUUGAUAAAGACUUUCAUAGUUGGACAUAAACUUCAUGCCCUCUUUACUCUUACCCAUGCUGAAGAUUCUGUCUUUGUUACAAUAAAUAAAGAAAAACCAGAUGUGUUUCAGCUGGUUUCAGUGAAGCUGCCAAAAUCCUCAAGUCAGGAAGUAGAAGCUAAGGAGAUAUCCUUUGUUUUGGAUUACAUAAAUCAGUCACCAAAGUACAUUGCCUUUGGAAAUGCGGGGGAAUAUGUUGCCGCAGUACGAGACUUUUACUUGUCUGUUUAUUUUUUCAAAAAGAAAACAACCUCAAGGUUUACUUUAUCAUCUUCAAGAAAUAAGAAACAUGCUAAGAACAAUUUUACAUGUGUAACAUGUCACCCAAAGGAAGACUGCAUUGCAACUGGUCACCUGGAUGGCAAAAUACGUCUUUGGAGGAAUUUUGAUGAUGAGAAGAAAUACACAUAUACAUGUUUACACUGGCACCAUGACAUGGUUAUGGAUUUGGCUUUUUCAGUGACAGGCACCAGUCUGCUGAGUGGAGGCCGUGAAUCUGUGCUCGUAGAGUGGCGUGAUGCGAUGGAGAAGAAUAAGGAGUUUCUCCCCCGUCUUGGAGCGACGAUUGAGCAUAUUGCAGUCUCACCUGCAGGAGACUUGUUCUGUACUUCUCACUCUGAUAACAAGAUAAUAGUUAUCCACCGAAACCUUGAGGCGUCUGCAGUAAUUCAAGGCCUAGUGAAAGACAGGAGUAUCUUCACUGGUUUGAUGAUAGAUCCAAGAACUAAAGCUUUGGUUUUAAAUGGGAAACCUGGCCACCUGCAGUUUUAUUCUCUCCAGAGUGAUAAGCAGUUGUACAAUUUAGAUAUUAUACAGCAAGAAUAUAUCAAUGAUUAUGGUCUGACCCAAAUUGAACUAACAAAGGCUGCAUUUGGCUGCUUUGGAAACUGGCUUGCAACCGUGGAACAACGACAAGAAAAAGAAACUGAGCUUGAAUUGCAGAUGAAACUGUGGCUAUAUAAUAAGAAAACACAAGGGUUUGUUCUUAACACGAAGAUUAACAUGCCUCAUGAAGACCACAUUACAGCUCUGUGUUUCUGUAAUGCAGAAAGAUCUGAAAACCCCACCUUGGUUACAGCUAGUAAAGACGGUCACUUCAAAGUGUGGAUAUUAACAGAUGAUUCUGACAUAUACAAAAAAGCUGUUGGCUGGACCUGUGAUUUUGUGGGAAGUUAUCACAAGUAUCAAGCAACUAACUGUUGUUUCUCUGAAGAUGGCUCAUUACUAGCAGUUAGUUUUGAAGAAAUAGUCACAAUAUGGGAUUCAGAAACGUGGGAACUGAAAUGUACCUUUUGCCAACGAGCUGGGGAAAUAAGGCACCUUUGCUUUGGGAGAUUGACAUGUUCAAAGUAUCUUCUUGGUGCUACUGAAAAUGGCAUUCUUUGCUGUUGGAAUCUGCUCAGUUGUGCAUUGGAAUGGAGUGCAAAAUUAAAUAUUAGAGUUAUGGAACCUGACCCUAAAUCAGAGAAUAUUGCUGCAGUCUCUAAGUCUUCAGUGGGUUCAGAUUUGUUUGUAUUUAAACCUAGUGAGCCAAGGCCAUUGUAUAUUCAGAAGAAUAUCUCCAGAGAGGAAGUCCAGUGGGGAGUGUUUGUUCCACGAGAUGUCCCUGAAUCAUUCACCUCAGAAGCUUACCAGUGGCUAAAUAGAUCACAGUUUUACUUCCUAACAAAAUCACAGAGUUUAUUGACAUUCAGCACAAAGUCUCCAGAAGAGAAACUCACACCAUCAAGCAAACAGCUAAUAGCAGAAGAAAGUCUUCCAGCAACACCAUUUUAUUACAUAUUGGGAAAGCACAGGCAAGAGCAGGAUGGAAAAUUAAAUGAAACUUCAGAGAAUCAGCUGGUACAACUACCCCUAACAGAAAACAUCCCUGCAAUUAAUGAGUUUCUUCACACUCCAGCCCAUGUGUUGCCAUCCGCUUCCUUCCUGUGCUCCAUGUUUAUAAAUUCCUUGUUACUGUCAGAAGAGACUAAGAGUCCUGAAGAAAUUCCUGAUGAUGUAGAAAUGGAAGAAGAAAAAGAAAGUGAUGAUUCUGAUGAAGAAAAUGCCUUUACUGAAAAGACCCAGGAGACAAAUAGCACAGACUUGGGAGAAGACAUUAGACAUCAGUUGUCAAAAUCUGAAGAAAAAGAACUGAGAAAAUUCAGGAAAGUGGACUACAGCUGGAUAGCUGCUCUUUAGGCCUUGGUGAUGGAGGGUUCUUGCACUUCGUGUUUUUUACUAUAUGUUGAUAUUCCAAACACAUGUAUUUUAUUGUUAUUUCUGUUCUCAAAAUAAGAUAUUAAACAUUAACAGGCUUUACUUGUUAAAA